AUGAUUCUUAUAGGUCUUACAGGUGGCAUUGCAUGUGGCAAGUCUACUGUAUCAUCUAUUCUCAAGCGUGAUUACCACAUGGAAAUCAUUGAUGCUGACGCGAUUGUGCGCGAGCUUCAGUCUCCAGGCGCGCCGUGCACUCGAAAAAUUGCCCAACGCUGGCCAGAGUCCAUAGACCCGCUUACAGGUGCCCUGCGUCGAGAAGCUUUAGGAAGAAUUAUAUUUAAAGAUGUUAAUGCUCGCCGUGAGUUAGCUAAAAUUAUGAAUCCUCGAAUCUUUCGGACUAUCCUAGAACGUAUCGCAUACCACUGGUGGAAAGGGUUAUGGCACAACUCCUCGGAUCCGUAUGUAGUGAUUUUAGAUGCUCCCACACUUUUUGAGACUGGUUUAUUCACCUUUUUCAUUAGCAAUUCGCUCGUAGUUGGGUGUUCUGAGCAACUACAAAUCACGAGACUGCACGCUCGCAACAGGUUUUCUGAAGAAGAAGCGCUUAAUUGUAUUCGAUGCCAAAUGUCUUUGGAGCGAAAGCGAAGGCUAGCCGGAUACGUUAUUGAGAAUGACGAAUCCGGCUUAGAAGUGCUCGAGAGAAAAGUUGCAGAGUGUGUGGAGUGGAUACAGCGCCAAGGGGAACACAAACUUAACAUGGUUGUAGGCGGCAUAUUAUCAGUUUGCGUACUGACAGCUUCAAUAUCUCUAAGAGCGUUUUUUAAAUAUUGCAUAUGA